AUGACGAGCAACCAGGCGGAGGGAGGGGCACCCAAUGGGGAGCAGCUCAUCGGCAACCUCCUCGUAGAGGCGGUGAAUGAUCGCAGCUGCACGCAGCGAUUUAAUGUGGAGUUCGCGUUUCUCUGCGACACCACCGUUGACACCGUGCUGGGCGACCUCGAGGAGGCGCUGGCAGGCAUGGGGCUUCGCCCGGCCAUCCAGCGGGACCAGUGCGGCCUGCUGUACGACGGCAGCUGCGCCAAUGUCGGCGGCAACGGCGCCGACGCUGCUGCUGGGCGUCUGCAGGAAGGCGGUGACGCAAGUGUAGGCGAGAAUGGCAGUGUCACGCUGCUUUCGGGGGCGGAUGUAAUCUUCAGGGCCCCGGCGGUGGAAGCCUUUUACGAUCUUAAUCGCCGCUGCGGACUUAGCCGGAUGGCCACGUUCCGCGUUGUGAGGUGCAUGCAGGCCCCGCCGUCGUCGCGUGGCGCCGCGCACACGCCGCAGGAAAAGGCAAGCCCCGCGAUGGACGCCGACGCGGUCGCGAAAGACGGCCUUGCGGUGUACCUGCUCCACCGCAAGCUGCAGUUUGACGAGCUCCCGAGUGAGGGAGUGUCCCCGGCCAGCGAUGAGGAUAACACUGAGACGAGUAGCGGCUACCAAGACGCCCUCGUGCGUGUGCGGGAGAUGGUGGCGGCGGCAGAAAAGUCGAUUCUCGAUGCCCGUCGACAGCAAUACCAGCAACAACCACCCCGCGAGCCGCAUUGGUCCGUGCAGUUAAACACACCGCCCUCGCGGCACGAGUGGCUUAGGACCGUUGAGGCCGAGGCUGCGGCGUACGACCGCCUGAGGGCCAAGCUAGCGAAGGACACCACGCAACUAGUGACGCAGCAGGAGACGUCACGCUGUACAUUAGAAAAUGAGGUGGCGCAGCUCCACCAACGCAUAGAUGCGGUGAAGGUUAACGUUGUGAGACGGGAGGCGUUGCAGGAGCGAGCCGAGGGACUGAAGGCAGAAAUUGAGGCCCAGCGGGAAAAGGAGCAAGAGCUCCUGCGAACCCUGGAGAGGGCGCGGGGCAGGGAGGUGCAACACGCAACACCGCCGGCGUCGGGGGCCGCGCCCUCCGUUGGCGCCUCCGCGGAGCUGCGUCGGCGGCCACAGCUGCCGCCAGGAGAGGCGUCAGCAGCGGCCCCCGGCGCACCGUUGGCGCAGCCGAAUGGAUUUUCUUUGCCCCAGCGUCCCACACCGCCGCGUCCACCGCCGCCACUGACGCCGCCACCGCCACCGCCACCGCCCUCCGUGAAGCAUGACUUUGGCACGAAUUACUCAACCAUUCAAAGUCCAAGCACCGAAAUCGGAGCUGCGACGGGUUCCCAGUUUCUCUCUCCCUCGCUACGCGAGGAUGUGCGCUGCGCCUUGUCGUCCCAUAUGAGGUCCCCGGUGAAUCUUCAACGGUUCCAGGCGGACUCCCAGCGGCUGCGUCACCUCGCCGAGGAGCUGCGCAACCACCUACGGUCACCCAACCCCGACCCCGUGGAGCGGCAGAGGCUUAUGGGUGAAAUUCGCAGCCUUCGACACGAAGUAGAGCGGCGGCGCGAAAGCGAAUCACGGGCUGCAUUGAAAUUGUAG